GAGGGGAGACGAGGGCAGCGGAGGAGGCGAGGAGCGCCGGGUACCGGGCCGGGGGAGCCGCGGGCUCUCGGGGAAGAGACGGAUGAUGAACAAGCUUUACAUCGGGAACCUGAGCCCCGCCGUCACUGCCGACGACCUCCGGCAGCUCUUCGGGGACAGGAAGCUGCCCCUGGCGGGACAGGUCCUGCUCAAGUCCGGCUACGCCUUCGUGGACUACCCCGACCAGAACUGGGCCAUCCGCGCCAUCGAGACCCUCUCGGGUAAAGUGGAAUUGCAUGGGAAAAUCAUGGAAGUUGAUUACUCAGUCUCCAAAAAGCUCAGGAGCAGGAAAAUUCAGAUUCGAAACAUCCCUCCUCACCUGCAGUGGGAGGUGUUGGAUGGACUUUUGGCUCAGUAUGGGACAGUGGAGAAUGUCGAACAAGUCAACACAGACACAGAAACUGCCGUUGUCAACGUCACAUAUGCAACAAGAGAAGAAGCAAAAACAGCCAUCGAGAAGCUAAGCGGGCAUCAGUUUGAGAACUACUCCUUCAAGAUUUCCUACAUCCCGGAUGAAGAGGUGAGCUCCCCUUCGCCCCCUCAGCGAGCCCAGCGUGGGGACCACUCUUCCCGGGAGCAAGGCCAUGCCCCUGGGGGCUCUUCUCAGGCCAGACAGAUUGAUUUCCCGCUGCGGAUCCUGGUCCCCACCCAGUUUGUUGGUGCCAUCAUCGGAAAGGAGGGCUUGACCAUAAAGAACAUCACUAAGCAGACCCAGUCCCGGGUAGACAUCCAUAGAAAGGAGAACUCUGGGGCUGCAGAGAAGCCUGUCACCAUCCAUGCCACCCCAGAGGGAACCUCUGAAGCAUGCCGCAUGAUUCUCGAAAUCAUGCAGAAAGAGGCUGAUGAGACCAAACUAGCUGAAGAGAUUCCUCUGAAGAUCUUGGCCCACAAUGGCUUGGUUGGAAGACUGAUUGGAAAAGAAGGCAGAAAUUUGAAGAAAAUUGAACACGAGACAGGGACCAAGAUAACAAUCUCAUCCUUGCAGGAUUUGAGCAUAUACAACCCUGAAAGAACCAUCACUGUGAAGGGCACAGUUGAGGCCUGUGCCAAUGCUGAAAUAGAGAUUAUGAAGAAGCUGCGUGAGGCCUUUGAAAAUGAUAUGCUGGCUGUUAAUCAACAAGCCAGUCUGAUCCCGGGGUUGAACCUCAGCGCACUUGGCAUCUUUUCAACAGGACUGUCCAUGCUGCCUCCGCCAGCAGGGCCCCGAGGAGCUCCCCCCGGUCCCCCCUACCACCCUUUCACUACCCACUCCGGAUACUUCUCCAGCUUGUACCCCCCUCACCAGUUCGGCCCGUUCCCGCAUCAUCACUCAUAUCCAGAGCAGGAGAUUGUGAAUCUCUUCAUCCCAACCCAGGCUGUGGGUGCUAUCAUCGGGAAGAAAGGGGCGCACAUUAAACAGCUGGCCAGAUUCGCCGGGGCCUCCAUCAAGAUUGCCCCAGCAGAAGGCCCAGACGUCAGUGAAAGGAUGGUCAUCAUCACCGGCCCACCUGAAGCCCAGUUCAAGGCCCAGGGGCGGAUCUUUGGGAAACUGAAAGAAGAAAACUUCUUUAACCCCAAAGAGGAGGUGAAGUUGGAAGCCCACAUCCGAGUGCCCUCCUCUACAGCUGGCCGUGUGAUCGGCAAGGGUGGCAAAACCGUGAAUGAACUGCAGAACUUAACCAGUGCAGAAGUCAUUGUGCCUCGUGACCAAACGCCAGAUGAAAAUGAGGAAGUGAUUGUCCGAAUUAUCGGGCAUUUCUUUGCCAGCCAGACUGCACAGCGCAAGAUCAGGGAAAUUGUACAACAGGUGAAGCAGCAGGAGCAGAAAUAUCCUCAGGGAGUUGCCUCACAACGCAGCAAGUGAGGCUCCCACAGGCACCAGCAAACAACGGAUGAAUGUAGCCCUUCCAACACCUGACAGAAUGAGACCAAACACAGCCAGCCAGAUCGGGAGCAAACCAAAGACCAUCCUGAGGAAUGAGAAGUCUGCGGAGGCGCCAGGGGCUCUGCAGAGGCCCUGAGAAUCCGGGGGGCCAGCGAGGAGGCGGGAGGGCAGCUGUGCCGGGGCCCGGCCUCCCAGCUCCCCCAGGGCCUCUGCAGGCUUCCCAGCCAUCCACUUCACCAUCCACUCGGGUCUCUCCUAACCCCACCACGCUAUCCCUUCUAGUUGAACUAACAUAGGUGAAUGCGUUCAAAUCAAAGCAAAAUUCACACCCUUUUCUUUUUGCGGAAAAUUGUCUCUGUACAUGUAUGUACAUAUUAGAAGGGAAAGAUGUUAAGAUAUGUGGCCUGUGGGUUACACAGGGUGCCUGCGGCGUUAAUAUAUUUUAGAAAUAAUAUAUCAUAACUCAACUAACUCCAAUUUUUAAUCAGUUAUUCUUUUUUCUUUUUAAAGAGAAAGCAGGCUUUUCUAGACUUUAAAGAAUAAAGUCGUGCUUUGGGAGUUCUAACGGUUUAGUAAGGAGCUUCAAGGCCACCCACACAAAAUUCACCCGGAGGGAAAUCUCGUCGAAAGGACACUCACAGCAGUUCUGGAUCACCUGUGUAUGUCAACAGAAGGGAUACCGUCUCUCUGAAGAGGAAACUCUGUCUCUCUUCAUCCCUGUCUAGCUCACACACCCAUUUCUCUUUGCUUCACAGGUUUUAAACUGGUUUUUGCAUACUGCUAUAUAAUUCUCUGUCUCUCUCUGUUUAUCUCUCCCCUACCCCCUCUCUCCCUCCCCAUCCUCUCCAUCCCCAUUCUUGUUAAUUCCCUCAUCCCUCUGUCUCAAUUCCCAUAUCUACGCACCCCCCAGGCAAAGCAGUGCUCUGAGUAUCACAUCACACAAAGGAACAAAAGCGAAACACACAAACCAGCCUCAACUUACACUUGGUUACUCAAAAGAACAAGAGUCAAUGGUACUUGUCCUAGCAUUUUGGAAGAGGAAAAACAGUAACCCAUCAAACCAACCAACCAAACAAAAAUUCCACAAAGAAAGAAUGUAUUUUGUCUUUUUACAUUUUGGUGUAUAAGCCAUCAAUAUUCAGCAAAAUUAUUUCUUUCUUUUAAAAAAAAAUAUGGAGGAACAUAGCAAUUUACACAAGGUCGUUGGCCUAGGGCGUUAAAUUUACAGAUUUUUUUAACGAGAAAAACACACAAAAAAAAGCUACCUCAGGUGUUUUUUACCUCAGCACCUUGCUCUUGUGUUUCCCUUAGAGAUUUUGUAAAACUGAUAGUUGGAGCAUUUUUUUAUUUUUUUAAUAAAAAUGAGUUGGAAAAAAAUAA